AUGUCCUCCACUGAAAGCUCCUACGAUGGACUCCUCAGAGCCUCAGACCUGGACCACAGAGCCAGGGAAGAAGGAGGUCUGGAGGAACACAACGAGGUCUCCAAAUUCAUUAAAGACAAUUCUGAGUACGACGAAAUCUGUGAAAGCAUUGAGGCGACACUGAAAGGUCAGACGCAGGCAGAGAUGGAGAUGGAGGGACCCCGCAGUGAAGGGAAGGUUUACCACUUCAGGAUCCAGCGAUCCUCCAUCGGAGCGUACUUCGUGUCCGAUAAGGUCUCCUUCGGCACGCUGGGAGAGCUGGUCUCGUACUACCAGAAGAACCCACGCAGCCUCGGGGUGCUGCUGGUGGAGCCCUGUGCUCAGCAGCGGGAGCUCUUCGACAUGGAGCCGUGGGAGAGACCGAGAGAAGAGUUCAGGCUGCAUCGGAAGCUGGGAGAGGGACACUUUGGAGAGGUGUGGGAGGCUCUGUGGACCACGGAGAACAGGAAGGUGGCCAUAAAGACGCUGAAACAAGAGGACACGAAGCAGGACGAGUUCGUGAAGGAGGUCCAGGCGCUGAAGAGCCUCCAUCACCCCAAGCUGAUCCAGCUGUUAGCCAUGUGCUCCAGAGGAGAGCCGGUCUACAUCGUCACUGAACUCAUGAGCAAAGGAAGCCUCAAGUCCUACCUCGCCUCUGCUGAAGGCCAGGUGCUGACCUCAGCUCAUCUGAUCUACAUGGGCAGUCAGAUCGCAGAGGGCAUGGCGUACCUGGAGGACAGGAACAUCGUCCACAGAGACCUGGCUGCCAGGAACAUCCUGGUGGGAGAGGAUCUGGUCUGCAAGGUGGCCGACUUCGGACUGGCUCGGAUCAUCAAGGACAGUGUUUACACAGCCAGUCGAAACACAAAGAUCCCGGUGAGGUGGACGGCUCCUGAAGCGGCGAUCUAUCAGCGUUUCUCUGUGAAAUCAGACGUCUGGUCGUUUGGAGUCCUGCUGUACGAAAUGAUGUCACGGGGCAAGAUGCCUUAUGAAGGAAAAAGCAACAAGGAAGUGUUGGAUCUUCUGUCGUCUGGUUUUCGGCUCCCCUGUCCGACACGCUGUCCUCAGAAUAUUUACCGGAUCAUGAUGGACUGCUGGGCUGCUGAACCCUCCAAAAGACCUUCCUUCCACGCUCUGCACAGCCAGCUGGACUCCAUAUACGCCAGGAUAUAUUUUAAGACUAUAGAGGUUUAAAGAGGAGGGGGACGUGUCCUCUGCAGCCGUCACUGAGGAUGGACUUCAGACGUGAAGAAAUGCAAUCCUCUCCCACAACAGGGUAUUUGUACUUUAGAAACACAACGUGGAGGAACAGGGGGGAAAUGUUCCUGAUGGAGAGCAAGCUCGCCAAAAACGAGGAAUGCAUCGUUCCUCAGGCUGAAAGAGAAGCAGACACUGAGUGACUGAAACAGCCUGUGGAAGGUGUGUACAUACACUCCUACCUAAAGACACGCGGCACAUUCACAGAACCAACUGUUUUUAAUUUUAUACCCUUUUGUGUUUUAUAAAUACUAUUUUAUUACUCCUGU